ACCUAUGAAUCCAUCACAUGCCUCACCACUUGAUUCUCCUUUAGGGUUCUUCACAUUCCCAAACCCCACCGCAGCAGCACACAUUUUUUCUGUGAAAUCAUGGCCAAUGUAUCCAGGAUUCACAGAGAAUUGAUGCAAUUCAACAAAGAUCAAAGCAUUUUAGGCAUGAGUUUAAUGCCGGAUGAUCAGGAUAUUCGCCACCUCACUGCAACCAUUCCCGGCCCUCUCUCCACCCCUUACGAAGGCGGAAUCUUCCAUCUUGACAUCACUUUACCUGAUGGGUAUCCCUUUGAGCCUCCUAAAAUGAGGUUUACUACAAAAGUUUGGCAUCCAAACAUCAGUAGCCAAACUGGAGCAAUUUGUCUUGAUAUUCUAAAGAACAACUGGAGUCCAGCGCUAAACCUAAAAACUGCUCUGAUUUCUUUACAAGCUCUGUUGUCAUCCCCAGAACCCAAUGAUCCCCAAGAUGCUGUUGUUGCCAAACAGUAUAUUGGUGAUUAUGCUACAUAUGUUGCUACAGCUCGGCGUUGGACGGAGGAUUUUGCCAAGGCUUCAUCUGCUGGGUUCAGUGAGAAGGUGCAGAAGCUCGUUGAAAUGGGGUUUCCAGAACCAUUGGUAAAGAAGACAUUGGAAGCUGUAGGGGGUGAUGAAAGCAUGGCUCUAGAAAGGCUGUGUCCAAAAUAGAAGCACCAUUUAUAAAGGCUGUGCCCAGAAUAGAAGCACCAUUUAUAUAUAUGUGCCUCUUUUGUAUAGUCGAUUCCCUGAUUUAAUCUCUCUCUUAAUAGCUGUUGUUACAUCCUUAAAACAGGAAAAGAGAGAGUCGAGAGCCAAAUGGAUUGAAAUUUUAGUUUGGAACUGACUUCUUUCUAAAAUCCUGUAAAUCUAGAAAUGUUGCUCUGUUUAUAAAUUGAAGUCUUAUAUAGACGGAUUCAGUGGC